AGACGUCAUUGAUUGCUUCACAACUCUGUAGGUAAAAGAAAGAAACUUGCAAAUAGAGCUUCUCUUUGGUUAGUUUUGUUUUCUGUCCUACCCAGUUUGUUGAUUUCUUUCUUUGGCUUUCGGGUUUUGUUCUGUUUUUUUGUCUUCUUCUUGCAGCACAACCUUUUGAUCUUUCUUUUUCUCUCUCUCUCUCUGCCGUUUAUCUUUUUUGUUGUGAGCUGUGCGUUCUCUUUUUGGGUCGGGGUGUCUAUUAUUGUUGUGGGAGCUGAUCGGUUGUUAACGCUAUAGAAAGUUGUGAUUUUUUAGUGGUUUCUUUUCCUGUUUCUAUGGUAUUCUGGUAUGGCCAUGUCAAACAAUCUCCAGGGUUGGUUAAGGAUCCCUUACGUGGUUUUUGCCUUCUGCUCUGCAUUUUUUCUGGGUGCUCUUAAAGCUGUGUUAGUGGGUCCUAUUGCUGCUUCAAUCCUCAUAGGAGGGAAUGUUGGGGUGAUCCUGUUGAUGUUUCCUCCACAUGUGGCCUGGACAGUCUACACCCUUGUAAAGACUAAUAGAUUUGAUGCACUGCUGAAAGCUGCUCUUUUGGUUGUUUUGCCUGUUUUAUUUGGUAUAUGGUUGGGUUUAAGCAUAGUUGCGAGUGUUCUUGUGGGAGUGGGAUACGGCUUCUUUACUCCUUGGGUUUCCACUUUUGAGGCGUUUAGACAUAACACUGAAUUCAAAAAAUUCUACCACUGCUUUGUGGAUGGAACCUGGGGAACCAUUAAAGGAAGCUGUACUGUAGUUACAGAUUUUGCAGACAUAUGCUAUCAUUCUUAUCCACUCUACUUGAAGGAGCUGCGUGAUUCCCCUGCUUCAAAUGAACAACUUCCUCUUAGGUUAAUUCAUGUGCCUGGAGUUAUCAUUGCUGGGCUGGUGGGGCUAAUAGUGGAUAUUCCUCUUUUCACUGCAAUUGCUAUAAUUAAGAGUCCAUACAUGCUUUUCAAGGGUUGGUUCAGACUGAUACAUGAUCUAAUUAGCCGAGAGGGUCCAUUUCUUGAAACAGCAUGCAUUCCAAUUGCUGGCUUGACAAUCCUUCUGUGGCCACUUAUUGUUGUUGGGAGCAUACUAGUAACCAUUUUCUCAAGCAUCUUCAUUGGCUUGUAUGCAUCAGUUGUCGCGUAUCAGGAAAGAUCUUUCCGGAGAGGUAUCGCUUAUGUGAUUUCAAUGGUCGCAGAAUUUGACGAGUGUACAAAUGAUGGGCUCUAUCUUAGGGAGGGGAGCUUCCUUCCAAAGCCCCGUUAUCGAAAGAAAAAGGCAUCUAACUCUUCUGAGCUUUCUGUUGGUGGAAAUAAUGGAAAAUCUGGUUCUACUACUGCAGAAGGUUCUGCAAGGUUUGUUCCUAGCUUGGCUCCUUCAAGAUCAGUCAGGGAGACAAUACAAGAAGUGAAAAUGGUUCAGAUCUGGGGAACCAUGAUGAGGGCAUGUGAAACAAAGGGCAAGGAACUUUUGGAUGCCAAUGCAAUAACACUAGCUGAUCUCAAUGACUGUCUGAAGGCCAAGAAUGUCAAUGAAGGAGCCAUUAUUGGUGUUGGCUUGCCAUGUUAUUCGUUGUUGCAGACUCUUAUCUGCUCCAUUAAAGCUGGUUCAGAUGGUUUUUUGAUGGUUGAUGGUGUUGAAAUCACUCAUCUGAACAGACCAAAUGACAAAUUGUUUGACUGGUUCUUUCACCCUUUGCUGGUUCUAAAAGAACAAAUUAGGGUCAUCAAAUUGGGAGAAGGCGAAGAAAGGUUCUUGCAGAAAGUAGUUCUCUUUGGAAAGGAUACAGAACGUAUCGAGGCUUGGGAUAAUGGCAGCUUAGUACCUCAAGAGGCUUUAAGAGCUGCUCAACUCCAGGGCAUCAGUAGAAGGAUGAUUGGAAUGGUGAGAAGCGUAUCGAAAUUUCCUACCUAUAGAAGGCGAUUUCGCCAAGUAGUGAAGGCAUUGAUAACAUAUUCUACAGACAAGGAGGGUGCUGUGAGAUCAAAUUCUGUGAAAUCCAAUUCCAUUAGAUCAGUUGCCUGUAUUGAAGAUGUAGUGUGAAGUUCAGCAUUGUUGUAUGGAAGCUCAUAGCUAGUUUGUGAAUUGCUCUGAGGUUAUUUAUCCACGUUAACUCCUGUUGAAGUAUAUGUCAACAGAAAUGCUUCACUGACACUGAAGAAUUAUCCAGUUCUAUGUUGCAUGUAAUUGCUCUGAGAAUGAAGUUUAUAUUCUUUUUUUUUU